AUGUUCCCCUGCGGGCUGGGCUGCCUGUCCGUGCUGGGGGCGGCCGGCACCGCUCUGCUGUGCGCCGGCCUGCUGCUCAGCCUGGCCCAGCACCUCUGGACCCUCCGCUGGACGCUGAGCCGGGACCGGGCCUCCUCCCUGCCCCUGCCCAAGGGCUCUAUGGGCUGGCCCUUCUUCGGGGAAACGCUGCACUGGUUAGUUCAGGGCUCGCGUUUCCACAGCUCCCGCCGGCAGCGCUACGGGACAGUGUUCAAGACGCACCUGCUGGGCAGACCAGUGAUCCGCGUGAGCGGCGCGGAGAAUGUGCGCACAAUCCUGCUAGGCGAGCACCGUCUUGUGCGCAGCCAGUGGCCACAGAGCGCUCACAUCCUACUGGGCUCGCACACACUGCUCGGUGCUGUUGGUGAGCCACACCGGCAGCGGCGCAAGCUUCUGGCACAAGUGUUCAGCCGCGCAGCGCUGGAGCGCUACGUGCCCCGCCUACAGGGGGCGCUGCGGCGCGAGGUGCGCACCUGGUGCGCAGCCCGCCAGCCAGUCAACGUGUAUGAGGCCACCAAAGCCCUCACCUUCCGUAUGGCUGCGCGCAUCCUACUGGGGCUACAGCUGGAUGAGACACAAUGCGCAGAGCUGUCCCGAACUUUCGAGCAGUUUGUGGAGAACCUCUUCUCGCUGCCCCUGGAUGUGCCCUUCAGCGGCCUACGCAAGGGCAUCCGGGCAAGGGACCAGCUACAUCGGCACCUGGAGGAGGCCAUUGCAGAGAAGCUUCGUGAAGACAUGACUGGGGAGCCAGGAGAUGCCCUGGCCAUGAUUAUCCACAGCACUAGGGAGCUGGACCACGAGCUCUCAGUGCAGGAACUGAAGGAGUCGGCUGUGGAGCUCCUCUUCGCUGCCUUCUUCACCACCGCCAGUGCCAGCACAUCCCUCGUGCUGCUGCUACUGCAGCACCCGGCGGCCAUCGCCAAGAUCCGGCAGGAGCUAGCAGCACAGGGGCUGGGGCGCGCGUGCAGCUGCGAGCCCUGGCGGGCUGAGGAUAGUGCGGGGCCCUGGCCCAACUGCCGCUGCGAGCCAGACCUCAGCCUCGCAGCGCUGGGCAGUCUGCGCUACGUCGACUGCGUGGUCAAGGAGGUGCUGCGCCUCCUGCCGCCGGUGUCCGGGGGCUACCGCACAGCACUGCGCACCUUCGAGCUCGAUGGCUACCAGAUCCCCAAGGGUUGGAGCGUGAUGUAUAGCAUCCGGGACACGCACGAGACGGCCGCGGUAUACCGCAGCCCGCCUGAGGGCUUUGACCCCGAGCGCUUCAGCCCCUCGGGCCAGGAUGCACGCAGCACCUCAGGCCGCUUCCAUUACAUCCCCUUUGGCGGAGGUGCGCGCAGCUGUCUCGGCCAGGAGCUGGCGCAGGCGGUGCUCCAGUUGCUCACAGUGGAGCUGGUGCGCACGGCGCGCUGGGAACUGGCCACGCCUGCUUUCCCCGCCAUGCAGACGGUGCCCAUAGUGCACCCGGUGGACGGGCUGCGGCUCUUUUUCCACGCGCUCGUGCCUUCAGCACCGCCAGAUGGGCUACACCUCUGA